GACAGACGAUGGCUCUCUCCUGGAGUCUCCUGCUGGCGUUCUUGUUUGCCACCCUGACGCUGUCUCACAGCGCCGAACCCGGAGCUCCUCACGGCAAGAGGAGACAGACGGCGACCUCAGCAGGUGGCAGCAACGCCCUGCAGCACCCUCUGCACGGCCUACAGGGCCACCGCUACAUCCGGGACCGCGGAGGGCCGGGGGGCCAGGGGGGCCGCGCUGCCAAAGGCGGAGCCGGGCUGCUCUCCCACAGGUCCCUGCACCCCCUCGCCAGGCCCGAGGAUGACGGGACGGGCCUGGAGAGUUUGAGCCCGGUGAGACUGGAGACGGGCCCGGGCCGGGACAGAGACAGAGACAGGGUUCGAAUGAGCAUGAAGAGUCCGUCCCAGACCCGGGAGAACCAGCUUCUGGGGACACGCAAAGGACGGGGACACGGGAACGGACACGGACAACAUUUUGAGCAGAGGAGACAGGGGAGUCGGCGAGACAAGGAGCGGCAUGGAAAAGGGUUCCUUCCAGAGCCGGAGCUCAGCUCUGCGUUUAAGGACAGAGAUCUGUUGGAGGAUCCUCCCUCCUCCUCCUCCGCCGCCUCCCCCUCCCUCAGCAUGACCCCGCCCGAUGACACCCCCUCCCCCAUCGCCGCCGUAUUCGGCUCCGGCUCCUCCAUGGUUACCACGGUGAUGAACGAGCAUCCCCCAACGCUGCCCCCGGCCUCCACCAAACCCCAGAGGUCCGGAAGAGGAAAAGGACAAGGAGAGGUGAUGCCAACGCUGGACAUGGCACUUUUUGACUGGACAGACUACGAGGACAUGAAACCUGUGGACACCUGGCCGUCCUCCAGGAAGAAAGACAAGAGGCGGAGUAAGAACCUCAGCAGUGGAAAUGUGACUGUCGACGCUGACGCCAUCGAGCCGUGUGACCACCACCUGGACUGUCUCCCAGGUUCUUGUUGUGACUUGAGACAACACGAGUGUAAACCUCACAACAGAGGCCUCAACAACAAAUGCUACGACGACUGCAUGUGUGAGGAAGGGUUUCGCUGUUAUGCUAAAUUCCACCGGAAGCGGCGCGUGACGAGGAGGAGGGGCCGCUGUGUGGUGCCAGAGUCAGUCAGCAGUGACCAAGGAGGCUUCAUCACCAUCUGAGGAAGAGGAGGAGGACAAGAUGGAGGAGCUCGAAGGAGGUGGAGCAGAUCAAAAUGUCUCCAGGACGUCUCUGACAGAGCAGCCAUGAAAUCACAUGACACCGUUAACAUGAUAAGUGCUAAAGGUGGCGGCGUGCUGCUUUUUCAAAUUGCUCCCACAAUGUAAAACAUCUAAAUAUUAUCAUCUGGUUAGUUAAAGCAAAAUAUUGUAUCUGGAAUUGCUGUUUGACUGUUGCAUUGUGGGAUGAGCCAAACUGCUAAUUCAGCAUAACGCCACCUUUAAGCACUUUUUAAAUAUCCAUACAUCACUCUUAUGACAGUUGUUUUUACUUCAGCAUCACUUCAGAAGCAUUUUUAAAGAGGGGCUUUUCAAAACUCUCAGUCCACGAUGACAAAUGUAUUUUUAAUUUUUUUAAUUGGUAUAAAAGAUUCACUUGGCCGGCAACACGUAACCGAGUGACAUCUCAUAGUCUAUGUGUUGAUAUCACCACAGUUAUGGUGUCUGUCGGUUUAAUUUUUGAGUUUUUCCUCACAGUUUCUCCUGCAGCUGAUUGUCUCUGUCCUGCUCACCUGAGUCAAGCAAUGUUUACAAAUCAUUUUUUUUAAAGUUCAAAACGAGUUGCAUUCAUUAGUUCAGGAUCAUUCAAAUUUUCUUACUCUUGGUUUCCAAACAAAUGCUGAAAAUGAUUUGUAAAUGCUGUUUGAACCCAGUCUGCUGUCCUGUGUUGUAAAUAAGAAUGUGUUUGAAUUGUCGACAACUUUUUGUUAAUUUGACAUCACUUCUCUUCAGAUGUACUUAACGUUAGAACGAUAAACAAAGAUGCUUGUCUGACUUUCCUUUUACACGUCU